AUGGUAAGAGAUUUCGAGGGAAAUGUGAAUAACGUGGAGAAAUAUGGAGACGGGGGCGCAGACAGCCUUUCUGACGGCGAUGCGGUGGCCUCCGAACCAGCAAAGAUGGAGGAAGAUUCAGCAGCAGAUGCGCGAGCUGCUGGCGAAACAAACAACGGCAUAGGCCCCGAAAGCGCGAUGGCGGAGGAUUCUCUCUCAACCAGUUCACAGGAGCCUGCCGCCUGUCAAGGAGCGACGCGGGAGGAGAGCCACGAGGAGAGCCAAGGGGAGAGCCUAGAGGCGAGCGAAGCUUCGGAGGCUUCAUACGAUCGCAAUGCGACAGACCCAUCGGCUGGGAGCGGAGACCCCGAAGAGCGCGGAGAGGCUGACGGUGUUCAGUGUCCUGAAGCGGCCUUGGGUGGACGCGAGGAAGUCAGCAGCAAGGCAGACGAAGGAAGCAGCGGAGAGGCGGAGGAAGAUGGCGAUGCGGCCGCUGAGGAAGCGUGUGACGUGGAAGACGCGAGCGGCUUGAAUAAGGAUGAUCAUGCAGAGGUUGCAACAGCCGAGAAUGUUGCGGAUGUCAGCGUCGCAGCAGCUGAAGAUGCGACGAAUGUCAGCGUCGCAGCAGCCGAGGAUGCGACGAAUGUCCUCGUCGCAGCAGCUGAGGAUGCGACGACUCUCCGCGACGCAGCAGCUGAGGAUGCGACGACUCUCCGCGACGCUGUGGUCGAGAGCGUGCGCGCUUCAGCGGUCGACGAGACCGACGCGGCGCCAAUGGUGGACAGCGCGAGAGAUGGCACGCUGGGCGGAGGCGCGGCAAGCGCGCAAGAAGCAAUUGCAUCCGAAGUCGAUGCGAGCUCAGACGUUGGAACCAUGGCUGAAGCUUGCGAUAGAACCGGGAGCGGCGUGGACCCAACAGACUCGGCUGCGAGCACGGGCGAAGCAAGCGUGGCGGAUGGCAAUGCGGACACGGAUGCAGGAGCAGGCGAAGGGGCCACGGACGAGGCUGAUGAGGGGAACGCGACCUGCGAGGCCGCGGCAAACGCAGCACUUGAAGCGGAGACCGCCACGGCCGGUGAGAACGAGAACGAGAACGCGCGCGAAAGCGAGAUUGAGCCCGAGCAUGCUGACGGCCCUGCGUGCAAGGAGACACAACCGCCGGAGGGCGUAUCCGUGUAUGCCGGUGAGGGAGUAGCUUUCGAGACAGAGGAAGGCGCGGGUAGCGCGUCGAGCGCAGAGGCGGGAAACGAAGCGCCGGCGGCGGUUACGGAGGAAGCGUCUGGAGAAACGGCGCCCAACAGCUGCGCGUCAGACAAGAAGCCCGACGCGGAAGAGGUGGACGCGAGUGAUGCAGCGCCUGAAGCGGCGCCAGUCGCGGCGGACAAGGCGGUGAGCCCGGUCGAAGAGGGGAAAGCGGAGGUGGUGGAGCGUACGGAGAGCGAGGGAGGGAUAACUUGCACCGGGAAUGAUGAUGAUGCGAUUGAGAGCAACGGCUGCGAGAGUGCGGAGGAUGUGGGGCAUGAGAAGCAUGAGGAUGAGAAGAGAGUGCUAGUAGCGGGUGAUGAGGGAAUCGAGGUAGCUCAUAGCGAGGAUGUAGAAGAGAUAGAGGGAGGUGGGGUGAUUAAUAAUGAUGAGAAGAGCGAAGGGGUAGAGACGAGUGACAAGACGGAGAAGAGUGAGGAGGUGGAGAGGACUGAAGCGCAAGAGAGUGAGGACCAUGAAAAUGUGGCAGAUGAGAAGGCGGGCGAAUCAAUGCAGCGCGACGCGGCAAUGGUUGAGGUGACUGCUGAAGGCGCGGUGAGCGCGGACGAAGGAAAUGGCGCAGAGAACGGAGAGGUCGCGGCGAAUGGGGAAAACGGCGGAGCGCAAGGGACAGGCGGCGAGGAAGGGCCAGGCGGAGGAAACACGGCUGCACAAGAGGCGGGAGAGAGCACGGUGACGGCGCACGAGGCGGAGAGGGCGGAAGCGACGGAAGGCGGGGAGGAGGCGGCGGUGGCGGAGGAGGCGGCGGAAGCGGCGGAGGAGGGGAGCGCGGCGAGCGAGGGGUCAGUGGAGGAGCUGCGGGCUGACGAGGCGGAGAAGGCACACGAGGCGGAGGUGGCGGGUGGGGCGGAAGAGGGAAGCGCAACGAUCGAGGGGGCGGAAGAGGGAAGCGCAGCGAUCGAGGAGGCGGCGGAGGAGGCGGAAGAGGGAAGCGCAGCGAUUGAGGGGGCGGCGGAGGAGGCGGAAGAGGGAAGCGCGGCGAGCGAGGGGUCGGUGGAGGAGCUGCGGCUUCUGGCGGACGUGCUGGCGCUGAUGGACUCGGACGCCUCAUCCAACGGCUCCCAUCACUCCUCGUCCGCCUCCUCCGAUGGCGACUCCGCAUCCGACGGUUCAGCGGCCCUUGCUGACGUGGAUAAACAUGAGGUUCUUCAGCAGGCAGCAGCUGCCGAAGCGCAGGUGAAUGCUCAGGUGGAAGCAGCAGUGAAGGUGCACGUGGCGGCGAUCGAAGCGGACGCCGCCGCCGCCAUUGAGAGGCGCGUCGCCGCCAGCUUGGAGCACCUGACCGCGGAGCUCGAAGCCAACCUGGCCGGGCAGCUGGAAGGACGUUUAGCUGCCCGAAUCGAGGAAAAAAUCGCCGCGCGCAUGGAAGAGCGGAUGGCCGCUGACGUGGCAACGCAGGUUACGGUGCGGCUGGCGGAGAUGGAGGCGGAAUGGAAGGAGCGCGCAGCAGGGGGAGCGGAGCACCCGCAGGCCCACGCGCAGGCGCAAGGCGGAGGAAAAGCUCCUGCGCAGGGGCAGGCGGGGUGGCAGAAGUGGAUGAUGUGGGGCGCGCGGGAGGAUGAUAUGCGCAAGCAGGCGGAAGAGGAGCGGCGGAGGGAGAUUGCGCGCGUGAAGGAGCAGCUGGAGGAGCAGUGGGGCGCGGAGGUUCACAAGCUGCAGGCGCUCAUGCAGGCGGAACGCGCCAUCUCCGCGGAGCGCCUACAGGCGCUGGAGCGACGCUGGCAGCGCGGGGAGGCGGAGCUGGCGGAAGGCAUCCGCGCGGUGCAGGAGCUUGCGGUGAUGAAGGUCGCGGCGGUGGAGGAGCGGUGGGGCGCGAAGGAGGCGGGGAUGCUGCAGGCGAUGGCGGAAGAGAUGCAGCGCCAGGUGGCGGAGCUCAAGGCGGAGCAGGCGGGGUGGGUGGGGCGCGUGGAGGACAUGCGCUUCCGCGUGUCCGCGGAGCUCAAGCAGGCGGAGGGCCGGUUGCAUUCCGCGCAGGAGGCGUGGGCGGGGCGGCUGGCGGAGAUGCAGGCGCAGGCGGACGCGGGACGGCUUGCGGACGCGGGGAGACUGGCGGAGAUUGAGCGGGAGUGGGAGGGGAAGCUGGCGGAAGUGCGGAAACACGUGGAGGAGGAGAGGCAGAGGGGUGUAAAGCGGUGCAAAGUGGUGGAGGAAACGGUGGGGAAGAAGAUAGAGGAGAGCCGGCGGGCGGCGGACGCGGAACUGGAGAAGGCGCUUCAGCGCGAGGCAGAAGCGCGCAAAGAGCAGGCGGAAGCCGCAUCCGCGCGUGCCGCGGAGAUCGCCGCACAAGUGGAGGAAGCCGCGCGGCAGGCGGAGGAGGAGCGCAAGCGGAACCUGAAGCGCGCGGCGAAGAUCCUCAAGGACUGCGCGGGGAAGACGGAGGCGGUGGAGCAGCGCGUGGGGGAGGCGGAGAAGCGAAUCGACGCGGAGCGCAAGGCGCAGCGCGAGGCGGUUGCGCGGAUCCACGCGCAGUUCGAGAUGAUGGAGGUGGCAUGGGGGAAGCGCGUGGAGCAGACCAAGGCGGAGGUGGCGGGGAUGCAGGCGGAGGCGCGCGCGCAGCGGCGGCGCGACGAGGAGGCGCUGGGCGCGGUGAAGGCGGAGUGGGCGCAGUGGGCGGCGGAGCUCCAGCGGCAGACGCAGGCGGCGCUGGGGGAUGACGCGAAGAAACUGGAGCUGCUGGAUGAGGUGGUGCUGCAGCUCUUCUCCGCCCACGUGCGCUCACAGCUCGCCUCACUGCGCCAGCGCCUCGACGACACCGCCCAGACGCAUGCAGACAAACUGCGCCACCUCCACGACAACGUCGCCGCCCGCCUCGACGCCGCCCGCAAGCGGCUAGAAGACGAGCGGCGCGCGGAGGGAGAGCAGUUGCAGCAGUGGGAGCGGCUGUGGGGGGUGGCUGCGGAUAGCAAGUGGGGGGAGACAGUGGCCGGGCGGCACCGGAGGGAGGCAGAGCGGUUGAGAGAGGUGCAGGAGCAGUGGGCGGGGCGGGUAGCGGCGCUGCAGAAACGAGAGGAGGAGGAGAGGCGGAGCGUUGCGGAACAGUUGAAGAAGCUUAUUGAGAGGCUUGAGAAGGGGGUGGGGGAGGAAGGAGAGGAGGGGGAUGGGGGGAGUGGGAGCGGUGGAGGAGAGGAGGGAGAAAGGGGAUGGAGAGGGGGAGGGGGCCUUGCGGCGUGGAAGGAGAUGGCUGGGAGGGAGGUGGAGAGGGUGGGGAAGGAGGUGGAGGGGAAGGGGCGGGCGGAUGGGGAGAGGGUGAGCGCCAUGGAGGGGCAGUGGCGAGUGCGGUGGGAUGAGGUGGCGGGGGCGGCAGAGGAGGGCAGGAAGCAGCAGCAUGUGACGGUGCAGCAACUCAUGGAGGCUGAGGCGGAGCGGGUCGUGGCAGCGCGGGCAGCCCUGGACCGGUACGGCUUGAGCAUAGUGCAGCGCAGCACUCUCCGCUUCUCCCACCACCCCGACAUCGCCGACAGCGACGCCGCCCUUCUCCUGCAGGCGCUGCGCCGCUUCCGCCCGCACCUCCUCCCCACCAUCACCGCUCUCUCCUUCAGCUGGGGCUCCCCCCCCGGGUGUAAGAACAUCACAGGGGAGGCUCUGGAGCAUGCUGCCUGCCUGCCAUCCCUCAAGGCGCUUGAUCUUCGGUGCUGUGCUGGGCUCACGCCUGACGGGCUGCGCCACGUCAGCAAGCUGACUCAGCUGGAGCGGCUGGAACUGUGCGAUGCGCGUGGCGUGACGGAUGCUGUGCUGGCACACAUGGCGGGGAUUCCCGGGUUGCGGUGUUUGGAUGUUAGUGGGUGUGUGGGGGUGACGGAUGCGGGCAUGGUGCAUGUGGCUCGCAUGGUGGGGUUGAGGCAGCUCAGGAUGGUUGGAUGCCCUCAGGUGACCAGUGUGGGGGUGAGCUUGCUGCCUGGCUGUGUGCAGGUUACACGUUGA